AUGCCCUCUAUUCUCAGUGAGGCCGACAAGGAGACGGUCAAGCGAAAUGUCCCGAAGCCGGCAAAUAAAAUCCACGCGGUAGCGGUUGCACGCCUUUAUGUGGCCUAUCCAGAUCCGCACCGAUGGACAUAUACCGGUUUACAGGGCGCCGUCGUGUUGGCGAAUGACUUGGUCGGGCGCACCUUUUGGUUGAAAUUGGUGGAUGUAUCGCCUGCCGGAAGGGGUGUUAUAUGGGACCAAGAAAUCUACGAAAACUUCCAAUACAACCAGGAUCGAACGUUCUUCCACACCUUCGAGCUUGAAGAUUGCCCCGCCGGUCUAUCAUUCGUCGACGAGAAGGAGGCAAAGACGUUCAUUAAGAAGAUGGCAGAUCGGGAAAAGACCGCGAGCAAAGAGACAAAGCAAACUCCAUUUGCAUCGGCUCGAGGACAAGGUCCUACACCGGUGGUCAACGGAAAGUCCAGCGGAACAGGUCGUUCGCUCUUUGGCAGCCUAUUGGGGCACCGGUCAGCUUCUGGGUCGAGUGCACCAGCUCCAAUCCCUUAUGAUCUCCCCCCUGCGCCUUCAGUCCAGGUUGUUCCCCCACCACGCAAGGAGCUGCCUUUCGACACUAGUGACCCCGCAAUGAAAGGUGUUCUUGACGAGCUUCUGCAGAUGGGCUUCACGGAGGACAUGCUGGCGGAAAACUCCGACUUUAUCAAGACCUAUAUUCAACAAAAGCAGGCUAACGAGCUGGGAUCCGCGACACCGCCUGCUGACGACCAGAGAAAAGUAAAGGCUCCCCCUCCACCCCCUCCGUCUGCGCCCCCGGCUCCCAAGGCAGGCCCUAUCAGUCCUCAGAACACCGGCAACAGUGCAGGCAGCCGACGCGGUGCUCCGCCACCACCACCUCCUUCGCGCAAGACCCAGUCAAAGGCAGAAGAAGAGCCAGCUCCUCCACCACGGGAACCAUCACCACCACGGCUAAGAUUCCGUGCGCCGCCCCCGAUCGCUGAUGCUGGUAAAUUCGCCCAUACCGUCGGCCCCCCUCCUCCUGCCCGCGCGCGAGCGAUGUCAAGUGCCAACCCUGGACCACCCCCCCCUCCACGACCACCAAAAGCUCCCGUGGAUGAAACUCCAACCCGUUUUGGGGUUCCGCCGCCAUUCCAAGGAGAGCGGAAGCCCCGCAUUGCCGCCCCAACUCCCCCCCAAAAUCCCCAAUACUACCGCUUCAGCGCCAGGCCCUCCCCCUCCUCCACCAAGAAGCCCAGCCUCACAGCCUCCCCCUCCGCCUCCGCCAGUACCUGGUGCAUCCCGGCCUAUUCCCCCCCCUCCUGCGGCGAGCGCUGCACCCCCACCCCCCCCUCCUCCUCCCCCCCUCCUUCUGCGAGCAUUCCUCCCCCGCCUCCUCCUUUUGCGCAUGCUCCCCCGCGUCCAUCUGCAAGCGUUCCACCCCCUCCACCACCACCACCGCCACCCCCAUCGAGCUCCGGUCCGCCUCCUCCUCCGCCUCCACCACCUCCAGCACCAGGCGCAUCGGCCCCGCCACCGCCGCCGCCGCCACCGCCGCCGCCGCCCCCGGGAGCAGGUGCACCCCCACCUCCACCCCCCCCCGGUGGUGCAGCCCCAGCAUUGCCGCAACCUAGUGGUGGUAGGAACGACCUUAUGGCUGCCAUUCGAGCAUCUAGAGGUCAAGGAGGCGGAGGGUUGCGAAAGGUCAAGGAUUCCGAGAAAAGAGACCGCAGCGGAGCAGUUGUUCCGGGAGGCGCCAAUGAAUCGGCUGCGACACCGAGCGCAGGGGCUGGUCCGCAAGGCGGCUUGGCAGGAGCCUUGCAAGACGCUCUGGCAAAGAGAAAGCAGAAGGUCAGCGGUAGCGACGACGAAAGAGAUGACGAUGAUGAUUGGUGA